AUGGCUACCACUCCUCCCCCUCUCCCCCCUCCCAUUGACGCCUCCUCCGUCGACAAGCUUCAACUUGCCGCGGACCGCUCGGCGAUCAACUGGCAUUCCUUCGUCGGGAGCAUCCGCCGUGUUCUCCAAGAUGCAUUCGUCGGACCUUACUGCGUCAUCGACAUCCUCCUCCGCCGCCCGCAAGCCCUCCAGCCCACAGCACCCAUUCACCCCGGCGAACCCCCUCCACCCCCCAUUCCUCCUGGUCCUCCUCCCACUGAACCCACCUUGGAAAUCGCCACUACCCCGGUGCUCCAAGAUGCCGCCGAUGCCGCAUUUCUCCACGAUCGCCGCGAAUACCUCAUCCGCAAGGCGGAGUAUGAAGUUGCGGUACACAACCACGACUUCGCGGUAGCGGAACGCGCCAAUCGCCUGGCGCUCCUUGAUGAGUACAAUACGGCCAUGGCGGACUACCUCCCUCGGAGCAUCGCAUGGGCCACUGCUGAUAACCGCGCCUGCACCGUCCUCCUUGGCGCACUCCCUGGUACCCUUAUGCGCCGUUUCCAAGCUCGCGAGAUGCGCGCCUCCCUCAUCUGGACCGAGCUCCAGGCGAUGUUCGAGCGUCGCGACAUCAGCUCUGUCGGCGCCCUGUUCCAAGAGUACUUCUCCAUCACCCUCGCCACCUGUGAUGGCGCAGUUGACUAUGUGGGGCGCAUGCAGGAGGUCGCUGAUCGCCUUGCGGCACGCCAAGCUGCCCUCCCCGAGCCCCUGCAAAUCCACCGCCUCCUCUACAACCUCACCCCGGACUACGAGUCCCGCCUCCAUGCCUUCACUGAGGCCAACCCCAUGGCCGGCCUCGAUGACGUGGUCCAGUGGAUCAUUGACACGGAGGUCAAGCUACGUACCCCCGUUGUCAACCUUACCACCCCUCAGUCCUCCUCCUCCACCUCCCUCAACGCUACGCAGCCGCGCAACCAGGGUGGUCGCAGCGGCGGCGGCGGAGGCCGUGGAGCGGGUGGCGGUGGUGGUGGUGGAGGCCGUGGUGGUGGCGGUGGUGGUAGUGGUGGCCGUGGUGGCCGUGGUGCCGGUGGAGGUGGUGCUGGCAGCACCCCUGGUGGAGGACCUUCCGGUUCUGGUGGUGCUGUGACUCGAGGCGGACGCCCUGGCACUCUCCCCCCAUGCACAUAUGUGCGCCGCCAUGGUCCCCAUGCUGGUACCCCUUGCGGCCAGACCAACCAUCCUCCCACCACGUGCUUUAAGGCACUUGACGACGCCUGGUUUGAUCGAGGCACCACUGGCACCCCUCCUCGCUGGAACUCGCUCCUUGAGGACUCCCAUGAGGAGUUUCUUAACAUUCGGGAGCACACUCCAUUCCUUGCCGCCCUCUACCUUGACUUCCUGGGCUUUCCCGUCCUUGGCGCCACCACUACCCCCACCAUCUUCACUCCCUCCACCUUCCAGGAAGCCAUCACCUGCCCUGAUGCGGAUAAAUGGAUGGCAGCGAUCUUCCUGGAGUGUGCCUCGCAGGUGUCACUGGGUGGCUGGGCUGCAGUACCCGCUGCUACUCCCGCUCCUCGUGUACCCUACCCCCUCUCUCCCCUACACACCCGCCCCCGUCAGGCGCCUCCCAGGUGUCGCUGGUGGCGCACUCAGCAGGUGCACUCCCCACCGCUCUCAUAUUCCCAUCUCCCUUCACGCCUCUCCCGCCUGCACUUCCCCCCCAGGCGCCUCCCAGGAGUCGCUGGUGGCGCACUCAGCAGGCGGGUGGCUGGCCCUCUUCUUGACUGUCUACACGCGGAGUACGGCCAUGCUGACGUGGCGCUGCUGCUCUCCCUCGGCUCGCCACACCUGGGCAGAGGGGGUGGUGGAUCAGACCAGAGGCCUGCUAACGCACAUGCAGGCCGUCUCUCCAGGCCGUCUCGCCAGGCCAUGUCGAUGGAUCAUGGUGAUCACCCUGGCUGUCCAGCAGCAGCAGCAGCAGCAGGAGGAGAGGCGCGCGUGUUUGCCCUGGAUGUGAAACCAGUGGGGGUGGGGGGCGCAGCAACACAAGCAGCUGGUGGGUCGGAUGCAGAGCCGGAGAGCGAAAGUGAGGGGGAGAGGGAGGAGGGCAGCAGCGGGGCUUCAGAUGAAAAGAACCAGGAAGCAACUGCUGGGAGGCAGGUGCAGGUGGCAUCUGGGGGAGGUGUGUUCCAGGCGCGCAUGGUGGGGCAGGGGUACAAGCAGGUGUGCGGGCGGGCGGAGGUGUGGGGGGACAGAGUCGUGCCGGAAGAUGCCGCCCUGCUGGAGGGGGCGGAGAAUCUGAUCCUGGACGGCGUGUAUCACUCGCCUGUGGGGGCCAGUGAGGCCCGGCCGUGGUACGGGUCUCCUUCUGUUCUGCCCUCAUGGCAGCACCACCUCUUGGUUUGA